AUGAGUAGCUGGAUCUGGUCAGAUGGGAGUAACUCCUCAUACAGAUACUGGAACAAGGAUGAGCCAAACGGUGGUGUGGAUGAUCUCUGUGUGCAGUUGUUUAGCCCUGAAUACAAGUGGAAUGAUGCAGGCUGCAAAUGGGAAAAUCCAUUUAUCUGCUAUAAAAAUCUUUCACUCAUCCUGAUUAAUCAGAACAAGACGUGGAGAGAAGCUCUGAGAUAUUGCAGAGAGAAUCAUGUGGAUCUGGUCUCUGUUCACACUGAGGAAAUUCAGCACUGGGUGGAAACAGCUGUUAAUUAUGCCUCCACUGCUAAUGUGUGGAUGGGUCUGCGUCACACCUGCACCCUGAGCUUCUGGUUCUGGGUGAGUGGACAGUCGAUCUGCUACCAGAACUGGGCUCCGGGGAACGGGACAGGGGUGGAAGACUGCAGAGGAGGAGAAAGAACAGGAGCGGUGCAGUCUGGAAGUAAGCAGUGGGUCAGUCUGCCAGAGGACCAGAGACUCAACUUCAUCUGCACUGUUUAAGAGAUCUAGAAGAUCACACUGAUACUGAGUCACCAUUUCUUCAUCAACAGGAUUUUGAUGCAUUCUUUGAUACACAUACAAGUCAG